AGCCACACACAUUUGUACACAACAACACACUCAAACCCUUUUGCACGCACAACAAGAAAAGAAUAAUUAUCCAAUUAAACGGUUGUCAAUAGUGCAAAGGAAUGCAUUUAAUUCCAUUGACCAAAAGGAAAUGUGCGCUAAAGACUGGAAAGCCACAAACGGGAAACUAACAGUAAUUUUCACGGGCACACACGCACACCUAUAACCAACUCUCUAUACGAACGGACGUACAUAUGUAUGGAUGUGUGCGUGCGUAUGUGAAGUGCUAAUGAGAUGCUGUGGCGCUGCUCUUCCUCUCUCUCUGCUCUCCUGCUGUUUGUUGCUGUUGCCUUUUAUGCAAAGAAACGUAAAAAUUGUUGUUGAACAAAAGAUUUUGCGUAUAUUUUAUUGUUGCUGGAAAAGGUGAAAGCCACUUUUUGCCCCUCUCCAUAUGAUCUGGAGCUGUAGCUGGAGCUGGAGCUGUAGCUGUGAGCCUGCUCUGGAGUCCGGACGUAUACCUUCUCGCGUGGAAAUGUCACAGAUUGGUACGCGGAUUGCGGCCUGAGCAAUUUCCCUGCACUGCACCUCUUUCUCCUCUGGCACACUCUCUAUUGCAACAGAGCGAAACGGCGACGACGGCUGCAAUAAUGUGAUGCCUGGGGGUCAGACACAGAGGUUAAUCCAAGAAAACGCAACCUAGAACUAGUUAGGUUUCCACACACACACACACACCACAUACACACUGCCAGAACACAGCCACACACACUAUCGCCCAGACACAAAUACAACACAAUCCAGCCAGAUGAGCUGGCUGCUGGGGCUCCUGGCGGUUUUGUGGAUGCCCAGUGAGCUGCUGGCCGUUCCAACGCCACUCAAGCUGCCAGGCUACACCCACAAACUGACGCCGUACAUCAAGCACUGGGAGGCGGCGAACUUCGAUCGCAGUGUGCUGCAGGCAGCCCAGCUCAGGCACUUGGAGCAGGCGCGCUUCCGCCAAAAGCGUCAAGUGGAUCCCACACCGUCGUCGACAUCGUCGUCGUCGUCAUCGUCCUCGAGUGGAUUAGCGCACACAAUACGAUUGAAUUUCUCGGCCCAUGACAGAGAUUUUCGAUUGGUGCUGCGUCAACAGCCGCAUUCGGUGUUCGCCCACGAUGUGGAAAUCGAGAACACAUUGGGACCCAUCGACUACGAUGUCUCACGCAUUUACACCGGCAGCUUGGAGGACGAUGAGGCUGCCCAUGUGCAGGCCAUUCUAACCAGUGAUAAUCUGCUCGAUGGCACGAUUGAAACCCAAGCGGAGCACUAUUACAUCGAGCCAGCGCAACGCUACUCCCAGCAACUCGCCGAGAGCGGCGUCCACAGCAUAGUCUAUAAGUUAAGUGAUGUAAAUAUGCAAAAGGAGCACCUCGGAGGCGGUCUGAGCUCCCAGGUGCCAACGAAGACGCACUGCGCCAGCGAAAAGUUGAGAAAAAAACGUUGGCUGCCAGAGGAGGUGGCCAUGUCUGAUAGUCCUACGCCCACGUACAAUCGUAACCCGCCUUUGCCAUUGGAUCUGGAGGUGCCCUACAAUGAUGAUUUUCGCGUCCUGGCCUCCGAAGAGGAUCGGAGUGAUGAGAGGCCAACCAGAAGAUAUCCAACCACCUCGACAACGAGGAAUACUGGCCGCAGCACCGAGAGCUUUCUGGCCACCCUGACGAAACCUACGUCGAACCGCAAUAUACUUGUAAAUAACUAUAAUCCCUCCAAUGUCGGCGAAGGCAGUCGCAGCUACAACAGCAACAAUGCCAAUAAUAAUAGCAACAACAACAAUAGCGGAAACAGCAACAACAAUGUGCGUAAACUGUAUACGAAGCACAAGAACAUCAUUGUGAGCACAUACAAUCGUCCCAUCGAGCCAGAGUUUGGCACGCCCUACGAAGAGCCAAACAACAGCAGCAACAGCAACAGCGGAAACGGAAAUCUACCGAGUAACUUCUUCAAUGCCAACUGGACAACGCUCUUCCUGGGGAACAACAACAACGGAAACGGCAACGGCAACAGCAACGAUCGACCAAGCCACAAGACACACGUGGAGAUCAUCACAAAAAACGGGGCCACCAAGAAACCAAACAUCAUUGUAAAUAACUACAAUCCGGAGAUUAUAUUCGCACCGAAUCCACACAAUCCGAGCUUUAACAGCAUGCUGAUGACGAAUUUGCUGAGCGGUAGGGGCGACGAUAUACACAGCUCGCCCCGGCUGCUGUACGAUCGCAAGACCACGUGCAUGCUGUAUCUGCAGGCAGAUCACACUUUCUUUCAGAAAAUGGGCUCCGACGAGGCCUCCAUUGAGGCCAUCACGCGUCAUGUGCAGCGUGCCAACUCGAUCUAUCGAAAUACAGACUUUAAUAACGAUGGCAAGCCGGACAACAUCACGUUCAUGAUAAAGCGCAUCAAGGUGCACAAUAUGAACGCCAUGAAGGAUCCCAGCUAUCGCUUCCCCGGUAACUAUGGCGUGGAGAAGUUCUUGGAACUGUUUUCGGAGGAAGACUACGAUGCCUUUUGCCUGGCCUAUAUGUUUACCUACCGCGACUUUGAGAUGGGCACCUUGGGACUGGCCUGGACGGGAGAUCUUAAGAAUGCUGGCGGUGUCUGCGAGAAGAAUGGACACUAUCGGGGCUCCCUGAAGUCCCUAAACACGGGCAUUGUGACGCUCUUGAACUAUGGCAAGCAUGUGCCACCCGCCGUCUCACAUGUGACGUUAGCCCACGAAAUUGGCCACAAUUUCGGCUCUCCGCACGAUCCCGAACAGUGCACGCCUGGCGGGGAGGAUGGCAACUUCAUUAUGUUUGCCCGUGCCACUUCCGGGGACAAGAAGAACAACAACAAGUUCAGCACCUGCUCUUUGAAGUCCAUUGAGCCGGUACUGAAUGCCAAGGCGCGUUCCAUGAAGGGCUGCUUCACUGAGCCACAGUCCUCGAUUUGUGGCAAUGGCGUCGUAGAACCGGGAGAGCAAUGCGACUGCGGCUGGGAGGAGGACUGCAAGGACUCUUGCUGCUUUCCCAUGUCCCGUCAGCCGCGUAUUGAUGAGACGCCCUGUACCCUGACACCGCAUGCCCGCUGCAGUCCCUCCCAGGGCCCCUGCUGCACCACCGACUGCAAGCUGAAGUUUGGCGACAAGUGCCGUGACGACAAUGGCUGUCGCGAUCCCUCGUUCUGCGAUGGACGUGUGCCCCAGUGCCCGCCAUCGGUGAACAAGCCGAACAAGACGAUCUGUAACAAGGAAUUUGUCUGUUAUAUGGGCGACUGCACCGGCAGCAUUUGUUUGGCCUAUGGCCUGGAGUCGUGCCAGUGCAUACCCGGACCUCAGGACGAUCGGAUCAAGUCGUGUGAGCUGUGCUGCAAGCUGCCUGGCGAGGACAACGCGUGCAGGAGCUCCUUCGAGUGGAAUGAGGCUCCCUUCGAUGUACCGGACAUGUACUCGAAGCCAGGCACACCGUGCAAUGACUACAAUGGAUACUGUGAUGUCUUUCAAAAGUGUCGCGAGGUGGAUCCCUCUGGCCCGCUGGCCACGCUGCGCAAGCUGCUGCUCUCGGAGGAGAGCAUUGCCACAUUCAAGAAGUGGAUGCAGCACAACUGGUAUACAGUGGCUUUGGCCGCCAUUGGCGUCAUUUUGUUGCUGAUAUUGAGCACAAAGCUGCUGGCGAAACGGUCGAAUCUGAAGCUUAAGUCCGUUACCAUAAUACACAGCGCUACCACGGAGACGGUGCGACUGCCGGAGAACAACAACGGAGUGAUAGUCCACACUGCUGUUCGGACGAAGGUGCCCUUCAAGAAGAAGGUGCGUGGCGAGCGCAGCAAGAAGUCUGGAACGGGCGCGGUUGCAGGAGCUGCUGCCGUCGCCGCCGCCGCAGUGGGAGGUUCCCAUGGAGUUGGAAAAACUAGCUCGAGUGCAGAGCCAAAGAAGACGCAAAGAUCCCAGGGGAUUGGCAAGAAAAAGUCGUUGGAGGAGGAUCCCAAGAAGUCCAACAAGAAACUGGGCAAGCACAUGAAGGAAAUCAUCGAUUACUCGCAUCGAAACAACAACGGCGAUGAUGCCUCCAAUCUGUCGACGACCAACAAUCACACCAACACCUUUGGCAAGGUGCAAAAGUGGCUGCUGGAAUCGCCAAUCGUGGCCCAGCCGCUUUCGCACAUCGAGCACAGCUCCCGGGUCCGCAAGGUGAUGAGCAAAUCGCAGUCCACACCGGAAAGGCUGGUUCAGAAGCCCCCGCAGAAGACCAAAUCGAUGGGAAAUCUGUCCAACGAGAAGGUGAAACUCCAAGUGGUCUACAAGCCACCGUUCAAGUUCUCGCUGCGUCUGUCCAAGAAGCCCAAAGUGAAGACGCACGUGGUCGCAGGUCGGCCCAAGCGAGGACAGAAGGGCAGUACGCGUACCGCAGGACAGCCUGCCUCCAAGGACAUCGCGGCGCGCACCAAGCGGAGCGCUCUACUUCUCUGCAAUGAGGCAGAGGAUGAUAACCAAAUUCUGACGCUCAACGAGCCCAACUACGAGACGCUAAAGCCUCCGGUAACGUCGCGACCCACAGAGCACUGCUACGAGAAUGUGGAUCUGCAGGCCGAGGCCUCCACAUCAAAGUCCAGCAGCUGUAAAGUUGGUCCCAGCUCCAACAGAGGCAGCUUGGAGGGGCCAGCGCCACCGCCACCAGUUCCUGUCCAGCGCAGCUCGUACCGUCGCUCCAACUCGCUGUCCACCCACAAUCCCUUCGCCGUAGCUCCGCGACGUAGCAGCAGCAAAGUGAAAGCCGAUGCCCAGGCCGCUGGCGGCUCUGUGAAUCUUACGCGCAACUUUGGCAGCACCCAGAACCUCAUCAAUCUUAGCCAGAACGUGGCCAAGACCAAGAAGCGGAGCAGCCUCAACCUGAAGGCCAGUGGGGCCAAGAACGGCAAAGAUCCACCCGUGAGCAAUUCCACUGCCUCGCCCCAGCGACGUUCCUCCUCCAAUGCGAACCUGCGCAGGGACAGCAGUGCCUCGUCAAAGGCAGCGCCAGUGCCGCCUACGCGCAACUCGCGCAACAGCUUCAGCAACAUUCCGCGAGCCAGCCUUGGUGGCGGUGGCUCGAAUGCCACGACAGCAGCAGGGCCGCCCAGCUUCUCGCGUCAAUCUUCCAGCAGCACCACGACGACAAGCUCGUCGAUUGCUGCGGGAGCAGCGUUACCCCUGCCGCUGCAGCAAUCCGCCUCGACCAGCGCCAUGCAGCGACAACCGCCUGCCCAGCCGAUGCGACGGAGUCUCCACAACUUCCGGACGCGCUCAACGGCACCGGCGUCAGCGUCUGCACCCAAGCCAGGAGCAGGGGCGGCGGCGACGACGAUCGCCACCACAGACAACAAUGAGCUGCCAUCGGACCUGGAGGUAGUCGUGUCCGACGUCGAGAAUCUGGUUAGCUAAGAGCAGCAGCAGCAGCAGCUUCGCGGCGGUUGCUUCUCGUUUCCAACCAACAACCAACCAAGUGAAAGUGAUAAGUCUUAAUGUUAGUUAUACAAAUUGUCGCAUAGGUUUACAUGCAUUCCUGCAUAUACGAGUAUAUACAUUGUAUAUAUAUUUGUAUUUGUACAUGCAAAGAUAUAUGUAUGUAUAUGUACUUUACACUGCCUUAAACUUGCCGUUUCUGCUGAAUAUGUGAAUACCACGCCACGCCCACACCCACGCCCAAACACACCCACACAUACUCUCGUACAUAUCCCCCGACCAAGGCUCGCCUCCACCACACACACAACCAGCAAUCCCUGCCGCACACCCACCCACCCAUUGAAAGCCACCGCAAAUUCCAAACCGCCAGUCGCACUCACUCACCGCACGUUGUACCUUCUACUGUUUACUGUUGUAUUGUAUUGUAUUCUGCAAACCGAAACGAAACAGAACUUUGCCUACAUCUGAGCAUAAAUACCUAUUAUAUAUCUACUGUGCUGGAAUUAAGUGUUAGCGCAGCAAUAGAUUUUCAGCUUACUGCAGAUUCAAGAGCUCUUCAAAAGUAAUUAUCAAAAGAUAAAUAGUUUCAUCUGAUACCGAUAAAUGAAUGAAUUUUCUAUAAGAUUGGCGCAUUUCGCUUUUAUGUCAAUGAGCUAUGUCCCAUCUAUGAGCCCAUCUGAUCACCUUUGUCCUAGUUCCGUGGAACUGUCCAAUAUUUAAUCUCAAAGUACCUUCAAAGAAGCCACAGAAUCUCAGAGGAAAAUCAUUCUGCCUGUUCCCAGCCAAGACAAGAAUAGCUCUUAGACCAGCAGUAAGUUGAAAAGCUAUUGCUGUGCAAACACUUAUGUCCCGCACUGUCUAUUUUGCACCCAUUCGAUGAGGACUCCUCCACUAUCCGUGAUGUUCCUGUGAAUAUUGUAAUUAUUCGAGGACUGUUGGAUGGAAACAUCUCUCGAGUUUGGGUAGUCUUCUAAGAUGGGUGUGAAUGAUUGCUAUAUGUUCAAAUAUCUUAUGUAGAUUGUGUGCCACAGCAGAGAAUCGUAUGAUGUUCUAUGCGACACACAAUCGAAAUGGGAGUUUAUGUUAAAAAUCGCUCUCGUUAUGUUAAUUGCCAAAUCUUGGCAUCUGUUUGAAACUAAUUUUUAAAACAGUAUUACUCUUAAUAUUAUGUACCUACUACUUAAACAUGUACUAUAUGUACUUAUAGUUUGACUACACUUCAACUUUCGAACAACGAACGAUCACUCAUCUGAACACACACUCAAACACACACAGAACAAUACAAGGUGCUAUUUUAGUAAUGAACUAAACUUAAAGAACUCUUCAAAACA